CUCUCUCCCUCCCUCUCUCUCUCUCUCUCUGCCUUUCACUCCUCUGCGCUCUUCAUUACUGGAGUGACGGUGGCCAGGGGAGCUUGUCAGCCCUCUUUCUCUCUUCUCUCUUUCACUCCCCAUUUCUUUCUUCCUCUGCCUCUCUCUUCAGCACCGGCAGAGAUGUAGUCUCCUCUCCUUCCCCCCAAACUUCAGCACACUUUCUGACUUUCAGCGGCUGGGUGACCUUUUGUGCUCCUUUCUUCUUGCCUUUUUUUUCACCCUAAAAAAAAACUCUGUCAUCUAAUCUAUGGAUCUUUUACAUUCUUUUUUUUGAGAUUUUGCUCUUAUUUUUUCAUUUACAUUUUUUUUUUUUAUGGGGUUGGCCUGACCUCUCUGUUUCCCCCCUCUCUUCUCCAUCCCCAUCAGCCUGUGAGGACCAUGGCUAUGAAGGAGACCAUCCUGCCCAUCAGCGAGGUGUCCAUGCCAUGCCCGUACCCGGAGGUGCUGGAGCUGAACGUGGGCGGCCAGGUGUACGUGACCAAGCGCUCCACCCUGGUCAGCGUGCCCGACACCACGCUGCACGCCAUGUUCACGCGCUGCGUGCCGCGCGAGCUCCCGCGUGACUCCCGCGGCCGCUUCUUCAUCGACCGCGACGGCUUCCUCUUCCGCUACAUCCUGGACUUCCUGCGGGACCGGCAGCUGGUGCUGCCCGAGCACUUCCCCGAGCGCGAGCGGCUGCAGCGCGAGGCCGAGCACUUCCAGCUGGCCGAGCUCCUGCGCCUCCUGGGUCCGCGCGUCUCCAAGCAGGGCUCCAUGAACGACGAGGGCUGCCAGAGCGACAUCGAGGAGAGCUCGCAGAGCAGCGAGCAACCCGGCCGCACCGCCCUCUCCGCGGUCUCCGCCAACUCGGUGGUGGCCGUUGGCUCCGCCCCGGACAAGAGGUCGGGGUUCAUCACCAUCGGCUACCGGGGCUCCUACACCAUGGUGCGGGACAACCAGGCCGACGCCAAGUUCCGGCGCGUGGCGCGCAUCAUGGUGUGCGGGCGCAUCGCCCUGGCCAAGGAGGUGUUCGGGGACACCCUGAACGAGAGCCGGGACCCCGACCGCCCGCCGGAGAAGUACACGUCGCGCUUCUACCUGAAGUUCACCUACCUGGAGCAGGCCUUCGACCGCCUCUCCGAGUCCGGCUUCCAAAUGGUGGCGUGCAACUCCACCGGGACGGCGGCCUUCAUCAACCAGUACAGGGACGAUAAGAUCUGGAGCAGCUACACCGAGUAUAUCUUCUUCAGGCCCUCCGUGAAGUCCGUCUCGCUGAAACAGGACAGCGAGGAGCUCAAGCCUGAGAAGAUGCCAGACAAGGGCAGCGAGAGCGGAACCUCCCUCAACGAGCUCUCCACCUCCUCCAGCUCGGAGACGCACUCGGAGGCCACCUCGCCCCAGGACACCCCGCUGGCGCAGGUGCUGAGCGUGGGCAGCUCCCCGGCCCCCUGCGGCGCCCUGUACUCUGUCUCGCGCCCGCCCAGCACGCUCACGCUCGGCCGCCCGCCCAAGAAGGGCUCGUCCGUGCAGUGGAUGGUGCUGCCCAAGGAGGACCUCCAGGACAAGAGGCGCAACAGCGAGCUCUUCCAGUCGAUGAGCAGCGGCGUCGGAGGCCCGAGGGAGGGCCGGGGCGGCCAGGGCCGCAGGAAGGGCACGGAGAGGCCCAACGGGGAGGAAGAGAUGAAGCAGUGCAUCGUGGACUUCAACAACAUCAAGAUCCCGCCGACGUUCCCCGAGCGCAAGAGGCAGUGGCAGUCGGAGCUGCUGCAGAAGUACGGCCUAUAGGAGGCGGCCACGGGACUAAAGGCAGAGAGGGACGACACAGAAAGAAAAUAAAUGAAAAGACAGGAGAGGAGGAGAAUGUAGACGUCUGUGUGUUCCUCUUGUCUUGUGUUCCACGGAUGACACUGGGACAUCUUCAUUCUUACUCGUGAUUUUUAACUAUCGUCCAGGCACAAGUGGACUUUCGGCACAAUCACCACUUUUUCAAGUUCCUCCGGUCGCAGAGCGUAAGUUUUAGAAAACACAAGCAGGUAGUUCCAUUUGAUUAAUUAAACACCACGGCUGACAGAAGUGAAGUGAGCACACUUUUUACAAUACUCUCGAGUGCAGACCCUUUCAAAGCAGAGAGCAGAGAGUUUUUUUUGCAAAGACAAGAAAUUGCCUGAGAGCAAGUAUCUUCUGAAGACCUUUCAGAGAACUCCAACCUUUGCCUCAAGGCCUACCCAGUGGCAUCAAAACAGAACCUCAACUCACAGCACAGCAGACCGCCAUGCCUCUGUUCCUCCAGAUGUUCAAUCUCAAACAGGCGUCACGCAUUCACAUGCUCCAAGACACACAGUGAGGGGUCUGCUGAGGGGUGAGAUGCAGACCCAGGGCACUGGUAGAGCAGGCGUAGAACAGCAGACCUCCAUCAUCUAAAGCACAAAGGGAUGGACUGUAUUUUCUAAAACUGGGAAUUAUUUUAAUAACCUAAGAGUGUUUUUGGCUGUCACAAAAAAAAGGUCACGCUCACAUUUCUGUGCCAGUAGCCAGACAAGCGUAACUGACCCAGGUGAGACUGUGGAGUGUGUGGAGAACUGAGCUGAAGCAGCUUUGUCAGCUGUGAGCACUCCUGAGUGUCCAGGCACCUCCCAGGAUGCACCUCUCAGGCUGCUCUGAGACCUGUGGACACUGCAAGCUAAUUAAGUGUUCCUGCGUCAGAUGAUGUGACUACUAGAUAUCAGGAGUAUAUUACAACUGCUCGUUUUUUUUUUUCUUCUGCUAAAGUAUUUGAUGACAUUGAGAUUAGGUCUAUUCAUUAAUGGUUAUAUGUGUUUGUCCUUGUUUGUAUAUCUGUUGAGGCAGACAUGUUUUGUUUUUAAAGUUAGAGGUGUUUUUCACGUUUUGCAGUGGUGCAGUUGAUAAAUUACUGAGAAUAGAAAGAAAUAUAUGAUCAUGACAUAAAUAUGAUAUUGUGUAAUACUCAAUUCAGAGAGAGAGUGAGACAGAGAGAGAAAGAGGGAAAGAGAGAGAGAGAGAGAGAGAGAGAGAGAGAGAGAGAGGGAAAGAGAGAGCCUUUUUUAUUCUGCUUGUCAUAUGGGUCUAAAACAUCCAAUGACUCUUAGCUUCUUACUCAGAUUGUGGCUUGUUUGAAGAAUAAUCACUGUUAACAGCAGCCAUAACUAUUUAGGCCAGUCCAUAUUUCAUUUUAAGCACACUUCAUUAAGCCAAUCAAGGCAGCACUGAUUUGCUGCUUAUCUGAGGCUGGUCAAUGUAGGGCUGCGAGAAGAGAAAGUGCCCCAAGGCUUUGAAACCCUGAUUUUAAGAGCUAAUCAAACCUUAAACCUAAUAGUGAAAUGCAUUUGAAAUCAUACUUUACAUUCGACAGAAUCAGCUUAUGUUAAUGUAACUGGAAACAAGACCUUUGUUGUUGUGCAAUAUUCUUGUAUUUCACAAAUCGUUUUAUGUGAUUUGUAAGCACACGUUGAAAUUAUAUGGCACACAAUUUUUUUUACAAGUAGUCAUUUAACUGAUGCCUUUUGUCCCAGAAACACAUCAUCCAAUGAAACACAUUUGCAUCCAGUCAGUAUGUUGUGCAUUGCAGUACUCAGACUGCCACUGGGUCUGAGCCAAAUCCAGCUCUGUGUGGUACAUCUCCCUGAUCAGCGCCAGUGUAGGGCCGGGUCUGUGUGGUACAUCUCCCAGGUCAGGGCCAGCGUAGGGCUGGGUCUGUACCCAGUUAAAGAGCCCUCUGAGAGAUACCUAAAUACCAGACAGGCCAUUAACCUGGGGUAGGUUUCCCAAAGCCUUCUUAAGUUAUUUGUAAGUUAUACCUAAAGCUGUAUCUCAAUGAUUCAAGGUGUUUCCCAGAGAAACUGCUUUCCGAUAAGCAAGGACAACAUGCGCUUUAGAGCCUAAACAUGUUGUGUUAGUGUUUGGACGUGUGCACUGACUGUGAUGUAACACCAAGAUAUGUGUUGCAUUACAUUUUGUGCUUCUUUAAAUAAAAAUAAAAUAAAAAAAGCAUUGGUGUAGCCGUUCAUUUUUAAUCCCUUGCGAAUACAAAUCUAUGUGAAACAUCUAUCCUACGCCAUAGUUAUUUGGGUACUUUUUUUAAUUUUAAUUUUAAUUUUCUUUUGGUAUUUCUUGUUCAUGUUCUUUCUAAAAAUAAUCACAUGCACUCCAAUCUGAGUGACGCCUAUCAUACUCAUCUCACGCCUUCUCAAACCUACGUAUGUGAAUGAGUGAGGCUAUUCAUACUUCCAUAAAUGAAUCCAUGUCCAUCAAAUACAAAAAUGUUCCCACACAACCAUCCACAGCGUCAUCAUGACCACCAUCUGAUAACACCCUGACCAAAUGCCCCACCACCCCACAGCAUCACGAGUUCCAGAAGCACACAUAGACAUCAUAUUGCCCAAUGCACAAGCCUAAUGGCCCCACAGUUCUACCUGCUGAAUGUGAGCGCCCCUCUUCUGGUGGCCGUAUGAAACCGAUGCGUAAGACAGAGUAAGACCUAUGACAUGAGCUUAUCCGUUGAUCGGUUGUCUGUUUGUGUUAGUUUGUUGUUGGUUUGCUCCUCUGUCCUGUAAUAAAAGUGUUGCGCAAA